AAAGCAGCAAAAAGAAGAAAACAAGCCCAAAACGCAGAGGAAGGGCUCAUCUAUCGGUCUACGACGUGUCGCAAAUCGCUGUAUCGGAACAAGGGUAGAACCACUCGCACUUGCAAAUUUCCAACAAACAUUGGGUAAGACGGAUUUAGCUGAGUUUAUCGCAAAUUGUGGAUAUAAAGCAGUAGACAAUGCCUUGAAAGUUGGAUGGGAAAUAAAGGAGGCUCCAAGUGACUUAGAAAGAGCGACAAAAACUUGUAUGGAAAUUCUUGAAGGAUGUCUGGGGAAAGAAUGCGUAGCAGGAUGUGAUAAGCAAUGGCUUUAUAUAGCACACAAUGUUCUGUCGCGUAAUGAUAUUCCAGAAACAGAGUUUCGUGAAGCAGUAGUAUCUUUGCUAACUAAAGGACGGGGAGAAUACAGGAACAUUUUGAUUAAGGGGUCCAGCUACUUGUGGAAAAACUUUCUUACUAAAUCCGCUGAAUUCUAUCUAUCGCACGUUCACCAACCCUGCUACUACCAGCUUUGCUUGGGUGGUUAUUUUUCUGAAUUACUUCCGUUG